CUGCAUCGGAUGCGUAUUGUUCGCCAACCAAUUUCCUGGGUUAGGAACACCCGGUUUUCCUCUUGGACUGGCAAGGAGCCACUAAAAGUUAGAGAUCCUGCUCUAUGGACAUUGAUUUCUGAAGAAAAAAAGCGCCAACUGACGUGCCUAGAACUAAUCGCCUCGCAGAAUUUCACAGGUCGUAGCGUGUUGGAAUGCGUGGGGUCGUGCUUGACAAACAACUAUGCCGAAGGCUAUCCUGGCAGCCGAUACUACGGUGGAAAUUAUAUCAUCGACAAAGUGGAGCGCUUGGCUCAAAGUCGGUUGUUAGACUUAUUCAGGCUAAAAAAGCCAGAGCAGUCUUUGGAAGAAGCUACUUGGGGUGUCAACGUUCAGCCGUAUAGUGGCUCACCCGCCAACCUGGCUGUCUACACUGGACUUCUCAAUCCACACGAUCGACUGAUGGGACUUUAUUUACCAGAUGGGGGACACCUAACACAUGGGUUUGCAACUCUGACGAAGAAAAUCAGUGCGACGUCCAUUUUUUUCGAAUCAAUGCCCUACAAACUUAAUGUACGUUUUACGCCAAGUCCUCACCCAUCUCUACAUACAGCUACUAGAUCCGGUUACGACUAUUCCUCAAAUCCGGAGACCGAACUCAUUGACUACGACGCCUUAGAGAGGGAUGCGUUGAACUUCUAUCCGAAGCUGAUAAUAGCGGGUAUAACUGCUUAUCCACGGUUACUAGACUACGCACGGUUCAGACAUAUAUGUGACUCAGUUGGAGCUAUUCUUCUCGCUGAUAUGUCGCAUAUUUCUGGACUUGUGGCCGGUCGCGUAGUCCCAUCACCUUUCGAGUACGCUGAUGUAGUCAGUUCCACAACACAUAAAACCUUGCGUGGACCAAGAUCUGGAAUGAUAUUUUACCGCAGGAUAUCGCGCCAGUCGUCAGGGAAAUUACCGGCCUCUCCUCAUGUUGCAACUGAAGAACUUGAGUCACGGAUUAACAAUGCUGUGUUUCCAUCACUUCAAGGUGGACCGCAUGAGAAUACAAUUGCGGGUGUUGCCGCCAUGGCCCUGGAGGCAGACAGCCAAGACUUCGUUGAUUAUGCGGAACAAGUGCUGAAGAAUGCACGGGCACUUGGCGAGGCCCUUCAAUCACGUGGGAUUCGCCUCGUCUCUGGCGGUACUGAUGUUCACUUCGUCUUAGUGGACCUGGCACGUUCUCCAGGUAAACCUGGUCUCAGUCGCGGAGACGGAGCACGUGUACAGUUGGUUUCGGACCUUGUAGGUAUAACUUUGAAUAAGAAUACCGUUUUGGGAGACAAAAGCGCCCUGCAACCAUCGGGUCUGCGGUUAGGUUCCCCUGCUCUCACCUCUCGGGGUCUGAAAGAAGAGGACUUCAACCAAGUGGCUGCAUUUCUGGAGGAGCUGCUGGAUAUCACUGUGCUAGCAAAAUCGGUUUCACAAAACAUCAAGACGUUCCGGACGGCUUUGGUCGAGGAUCCGAAAGUUAGUGCGCGGGUUAAAGAACUCCGUGGUCGUGUGAGUGAAUACGCCUCACAGUUUCCAUUGCCCGGUUGGGACGAUUAUUGACAAACAAAAUAAAGCCUUUCUAGUCAAAAUUGAUUAUCAUUUUUUGCUACUUUCUUUCCAACGUAUCGUUUUUCACCCGAUGAAAUAUUUUCACAAGUGAGAUCAUACUUCACGCCACUUCCGACAAUUGCUUAUGAUUUUUGUAUUGUUCUGAAUGGUCACUUAAUAGAUUUGUCUGAUAUACAGUCCACAUGUUUUGCCAACUUUAUUCUGUGGUUACCGUGAUAUGUUAAGCAUUCUAUUCGUAUGACGUAUGUGCUCCAUGCAUGUGGUAAUGACUC